GAGAUGUCAGUGAAAAUCGCGUGCAGUAAACGGCAACAGUGCUCAACUAAACCGAUCAAUAUUUACUUAAUUCCUCUACAAAAUUCGGGAUAAAACAUCCGGGGCUUGAAUGAUUAGCCCUAUAGCGACGCCCCUGAAAUGGAGGAAUUAGCUUUGUGUUUGUUCAUACUUUACUAAUAUUCAAAGAUGGAGACUCCGGAUCUGGACACAGAUAAUGAGUCCCCACCUGCAAAAACACGUGUUCUACAGAAGGCAGGAGAAAGAACAUCACAGAUACAGGGUAUGGCCCAGAAUCUGUGGCUGUAAAUGAAUUCCAGGAAAUGUUCAAAUUAAAUCUGAUGAAGAAGUUUCAGUGUUUUCAUGGAGUGAUAACAAACCCGGGGAACCAAACCCUCCUGAUUGAGAUCUACACAGAGCUCUACAUCACAGAGGGAGACAGUGGAGAAGUCAAUAAUGAACAUGAGGUGAGGCAGAUCGAGGCAGCAUCCAGGAGAACAACAACAGAGGAAACACCAAUCAAAUGCAACGACAUCUUUAAGCCUUUAUCUGAACAAGAUGAACCCAUCAGAACUGUUCUGACAAAGGGAGUCGCUGGCAUCGGAAAAACAGUCUCUGGGCUGAAGGGAAAGAAAAUCAGGACAUCUACCUCAUAUUUCCACUUCCUUUCAGAGAGCUGAAUUUGAUAAAGGACCAGAAACUGAGUCUGAUGGAGCUCCUUCAGUUCUGUUUUAUGGAAACAACAGAAACUGAAAUGUCCAGUUUGGUAAAGGUUCUGUUCAUUUUUGACGGAUUGGACGAGUGUCGUUUUCCUCUAGAUUUCCAGAACACAGUGAGAGUGUGUGAUGUAACUGAAUCAGCAUCAGUGCCGGUGCUGCUGAUAAACCUGAUUAAAGGGAAUCUGCUUCCCUCUGCUCUCAUCUGGAUCACCUCCCGACCAGCAGCAGCUGAGUGUGUGCAUCGAGUCACAGAGAUACGAGGGUUCAAUGACCCUCAGAAGGAGGAGUAUUUCAGGAAGAGGAUCAGUGAUCAGAGCCUGGCCAAUAACAUCAUCACACACCUGAAGUCAUUAAGAAGCCUCUACAUCAUGUGCCACAUCCCGGUCUUCUGCUGGAUUUCAGCCACUGUUCUAGAGAGAAUGUUGGGUGAAGCAGAGAGUGGAGAGAUCCCCAAGACUCUGACUCAAAUGUACACACACUUCCUCAUCAUUCAGACAAACAUCAUAAGAGAAAAAUACUCAAAGAAGCAGGAGAGUGAUGAAGAAAUGCUUCUUAAACUGGGACAACUGGCUUUUCAGCAGCUGAAGAAAGGGAACCUGAUCUUCUAUGAGGAAGACCUGAGAGAGUGUGGCAUUGAUGUGACAGAAGCAGCAGUGUACUCAGGUGUGUGUACACAGAUCUUCAGAGAGGAGUUUGGGCUUCACCAGAGUAAAGUGUACUGCUUUGUACAUCUGAGCAUUCAGGAGCUCCUGUGUCACUCACUAGGAGCUGCUGCUUUAAGAAUCUGCUUUGGGGCAACGGGGCAAUGCUAAAACAAAGUCAAUUUUAACUGUAAUAAAAACG